GGGGUCUGCCUUCCCUGGAGGCUUGCUCUGGAGGUGCUUAUACGUCUGUAAAGAAAUGUGCACCGCGCUUUACAGUGUGCCUCUUCCACUUCUUACAACCUCCAACAGUGAUAUAUCCCAUUUAUACCUGGGCUAAGGAGAGACGGUUGUGACUUCGUUUAAUGAAGUCAGGAUCAGAGUCAGCUGGAAGAAGGAGAGCUUUAAGACUUGACGCUGCGUCUUAGGAAGUACAUACAGUUAACAGUGAAGAGCAAUUGCCAGCGCGGAGAUCUGAGGCCUGAGAAGGGGAACAAUCAGGUUGUUUUGGAGACCUGGGUUUUCAGAGCAGGAGGAAAUACUGCUAAACUCUCCUGCAGGUCCAUUACUAUAAUUAGUUGACUGAGUGGCCACCACUGUAAGUAGUAUUACCAAGAAGAGAAGUAAAAGCCAAUUCCUGCACUGCAAAGGUUCAUUUUGUUUAAUUUGUGUUUAGAAAAAUCAGUCAUCAAGUGAGCUGGUAUUGCACUGGGGGAAUAAGACAGUGAUGCAGCCCCUGCCCUGGUGAGGCUCCCACAUUUGCUGGGUGGAUGGACAUGAAAAUGGGAGAACAGGAAAUGGAAACCAAGAAAGCUUCCCGGGUGGAGGGGAGUGUGGUCUACCUCACUGGGAAGACUUACAGAGCAGCAACUGGAGAUGUAGGAAUAACAUGAGCAUGAAAUAGAAGCCCCCACUUGGCAGAGAAAGCAUCUGCAUCCAGGAUGGCUUCUUCUCUCAGAGCCCAGAUGCCCAUCCAGCCUCCAGGCAAAGAAACAGAAGAGAUGGAGGCAGAAGGCGACUCAGCAGCUGAGAUGAACGGGGAGGCGGAUGAGAGCGAGGAGGAGCGGAGCGGCAGCCAGACUGAGUCAGAGGAGGAGAGCUCAGAGAUGGAUGACGAGGACUAUGAGCGGCGCCGCAGCGAGUGCGUCAGUGAGAUGCUGGACCUGGAAAAGCAGUUCUCAGAGCUGAAAGAGAAGUUGUUCAGGGAACGGCUGAGCCAGCUGCGCUUACGACUGGAGGAAGUGGGGGCGGAGAGAGCCCCCGAGUACACAGAGCCUCUUGGAGGGCUGCAGCAGAGUCUAAAGAUCCGCAUUCAGGUGGCAGGAAUCUACAAGGGCUUCUGUCUGGAUGUGAUCAGGAAUAAAUAUGAGUGUGAACUUCAGGGAGCCAAACAGCACCUAGAGAGUGAGAAGCUGCUGCUGUAUGACACGCUCCUUGGGGAGCUGCAGGAGCGGAUCCAGAGGCUGGAGGAGGACCGCCAGAGCCUGGACAUCAGCUCUGAGUGGUGGGACGACAAACUGCAUCCCAGAGGCAGCUCGAAGGCCUGGGACUCGCUGCCACCCGGCAAGAGGAAGAAGGCACCUCUCGUUUCUGGCCCAUACAUUGUCUACAUGCUGCAGGAGAUCGACAUCCUGGAAGACUGGACGGCUAUCAAAAAGGCCAGGGCAGCAGUGUCCCCUCAGAAGAGAAAAGCAGAUGGCCCCUGACCCUGUGUUUACACUCAGAGGGUCCUUGGAGCAGCUGGUACCACACACGGGACUGACAUUUUCUGCAAAGGCAGGGGUUGCCCAGUAGCUCUCCAGUGUUACUGCUGUCCCCUGACCCUCUGCUAACACUGGCCUGGACUCUUCUGCUGUCCUUGGGAUCGCCAUAGCUGUGGCCCUGAAGCUGACCUGGCCAAGCAAGACUGUUAUCUCCAAUCCCUGACCACCAGUGUCCCCCAACAAAGAAGAUGGGCUUCAUCCAAAGCAGCAACCCUCCUGACUUUCAACCCUACCCCCAGCCACUAAGCCAGGAGCUGGGCCCCACUACAACUCCUAAAAAAAAAAAAAAAAUUCUGUCGGAGUCUUGCCCAUCCUAGCUGCCGCUGGAGAUGCAGCCUCCCAGUCUUUCUCAGGGCCAUUCCUGGGGUCUGCCUCCAAGAUUCCAAAGACUGGAAUAAAACUCAUCCUGAUACCUUGACAUGAC